UGGAGGCAGAGGCGGACGGGGCGGACGGGGCGGACGGGGCGGGCCGGCUGGGUUCGGCAGAGCGGCCAUGGGGGGCUUGAAAGACGAACUGCUGAAAGCCAUCUGGCACGCCUUCACCGCGCUCGACCUGGACCGCAGCGGCAAGGUCUCCAAGUCGCAACUCAAGGUCCUUUCCCAUAACCUGUGCACGGUGCUGAAGGUUCCUCAUGACCCCGUUGCCCUGGAAGAACACUUCAGAGAUGACGAUGAGGGGCCCGUCUCCAAUCAGGGCUACAUGCCAUAUUUAAACAAAUUCAUUCUGGAGAAGGUCCAAGACAACUUUGACAAGAUUGAAUUCAAUAGAAUGUGCUGGACCCUCUGUGUCAAGAAGAACCUCACGAAGAGUCCACUGCUCGUUACAGAAGAUGAUGCAUUUAAAGUGUGGGUCAUUUUCAACUUUUUGUCCGAGGACAAGUAUCCAUUAAUUAUUGUGCCAGAAGAGAUUGAAUACCUGCUUAAGAAACUUACAGAAGCUAUGGGAGGAGGUUGGCAACAAGAACAAUUUGAACAUUACAAAAUAAACUUUGAUGACAAUAAAGAUGGCCUUUCUGCGUGGGAACUUAUUGAGCUGAUUGGAAAUGGACAGUUUAGCAAGGGCAUGGAUCGCCAGACGGUGUCUAUGGCCAUUAAUGAAGUCUUCAAUGAGCUUAUUCUAGAUGUAUUGAAACAGGGUUACAUGAUGAAGAAAGGCCACAAACGGAAAAACUGGACUGAGCGCUGGUUUGUAUUAAAACCCAACAUAAUUUCCUACUAUGUGAGCGAGGAUCUGAAAGAUAAGAAAGGAGACAUCCUCCUGGAUGAGAACUGCUGUGUGGAGUCACUGCCUGACAAAGACGGAAAGAAAUGUCUUUUUCUAAUAAAAUGCUUUGAUAAGACCUUUGAAAUCAGUGCCUCCGAUAAGAAGAAGAAGCAAGAAUGGAUUCAGGCCAUCCAUUCUACCAUCCAUCUUUUGAAGCUGGGCAGCCCCCCACCACACAAGGAAGCCCGUCAGCGUCGGAAAGAGCUCCGAAGGAAGCUGCUAGCAGAGCAGGAGGAGCUGGAGCGGCAGAUGAAGGAGCUCCAAGCUGCCAAUGAGAACAAGCAGCAGGAGCUGGAGAGUGUGAGGAAGAAACUGGAGGAAGCAGCAUCUCGUGCCGCAGACGAGGAAAAGAAGCGCCUGCAGACCCAGGUAGAACUCCAGACCAGGUUCAGCACGGAGCUGGAGCGGGAGAAGCUGAUCAGACAGCAGAUGGAGGAGCAGGUUGCCCAGAAGUCAUCCGAACUGGAGCAGUAUCUGCAGCGGGUCCGGGAGCUGGAAGACAUGUACCUGAGGCUGCAGGAGGCCCUGGAGGACGAGCGGCAGGCCCGGCAGGACGAAGAGACAGUGCGCAAGCUUCAGGCCAGGUUGUUGGAGGAAGAGUCGUCUAAGAGGGCGGAGCUGGAAAGGUGGCACCUGGAGCAACAGCAGGCCAUUCAGAUGACAGAGGCGGAGAAGCAGGAGCUGGAGCAGCAGCGCGUCCUGAAGGAGCAGGCGCUGCAGGAGGCCAUGGCACAGCUGGAACAGCUGGAGCUGGAGCGGAAGCAGGCGCUGGAGCAGUAUGAGGGAGUUAAAAAGAAGCUAGAGAUGGCAACAAAUAUGACCAAGAGCUGGAAGGACAAAGUGGCCCAUCAUGAGGGAUUAAUACGCUUGAUAGAACCAGGUUCCAAGAACCCUCACCUCAUCACCAACUGGGGACCCGCAGCAUUCACCCAGGCAGAGCUCCAGGAGAGAGAGAAGAGCUGGAAAGAGAAGAAGACCACGGAGUGACAGCUCUCCCAGCAGCCACCCCAGUCAGUCACACCAGUGAGGAGUCCAGAGCUUCAGGACAAGGACGCUGGCUUUGCUGCUUCUAGUCUUCCCUUGGCGCUCUGGCGGGGCCCACAUGCUAAGGAGGCUGUAUUCACCUCCUAGUGCUGUGUCAGCUUUCUUGGGCGGGAAUGUGGCCCAGGCACAGGUGUGGCUGGGGCCACCGUCACCGUCACCGCAGCCUUUGCAGCCCUGUCUCAGCUCCUCUUUGGAUGGGAGGUCAGCUGCCUCCUUAGGCAGCACAUUCCCUCUGCUGAUUGGCUGGUCUGCUUGCCUUUCCUGUCAGGGGACAGGGCAAGCCUCAUUGUUGGUGCUGUGAUGGACAAGCCACCAGUCACUGGCCUUGUAGAUGGGAUCUGGUUGGUGUUGGAUUUUUUGUUUGUUUGUUUGUUGUUUUUUCAGCUUUAGCUAAGAUACUUCUUUCCCUGACCAUCAUGCACUUGGCAUGCUUCAUUUGCAUUUCCUUUCCCCUUCCCUCAAAGGGAAGCAUACCCGGGCCCAGUGUCUCAACUGAGUUCUUUGGAUGUUUUGUCCUUAGGCCCCCAGUCCGUGUGUGUGGAAGUAUUGUAGAGGGUCUAACUUGAAAUCAGCGGUGACUGGUGGGAAGCUGGCAGGCCAGAGGCUGGUUGGAUGUAAAGUGUCACAGGGUGAUGGCAAACGUUUCACUAGGACUGCACCCCCCCCUCCCGCCCGUGAUCCAGGUUGUGGUUUCUACACUUUUUGUUUGACUGUAUCGAGGAAAGUUUUCAGCUGCAAUCUGGCAGGUGAUGGAGAAAAGGUGGAAUUUGGUAGCGGAGCAGAGAACCCCAGUGUUCUGCCCCAGCCUCAGAGCAGAGGGCAGGCCAUUCCAGGCAUGUGUGAAUCUAGAGAUAGAGUUCAGUGUUCCUGGCGUCUUCAGAAGGACUGGACAGAAUUUUGUAAAUCUCUACUUUUUAUGACUGGAAAACAUUUGCCAAUGGAAGUCUUAAAAAUUUUUUUCUAAUAUUUUGGGCUGCUUAAUAAAAGUGUAAUUUUAUUUAAUGUUUAUAGUUGCCUUCCUAAAGUUUAUAUUUGUAUGCAAAAUAUCACUAUCACAAAUCUUCUUAGCUUAGUAGCUUACUUGGGUGUAGGUUUGUGCCUGGCUGUUCCCCUGUCGAAGCUGCUGGACUAUGAGACCAAGGGGACCAGGGCCCCUGUGGCUUGGUGAUGUCUCCUCGGGGACUUCAGUGUCCCUGGAGAGAAUUAGGAAAGGAAACUGCAAGAAGGUACUGACUGGUGUGAAAUCUGGAUGGAAGCAAAGGGCCUGGGAGUCCAGGGGAGACCGGGGUAAAGGGACUGCAUGCCCUGGCUGGCCGGCCAUUUCCUUACCCUGGACUUGGUUACAGUCAGAAGCAUGGCCUGCAGCUGCCAUGGCCCUCUUUGUCUGCUCUGCAGGCCUGGGUGCUGCCUGCUUCCUCCUAGUGCAGAACCAUCGCGCUUUGUGGAAGGUGUCUGCAGUCUAGCGUUUGUUGCUGGUUGCCGGCUUCAGCAGCACUGUGCCUGGAAAGUGAAAGUCCUCCUAAGCAGUGGAUAAAGAAGACAGCACAGAUGAUAGUUGUGAGGCUCUUCGGAUAGCUACAUAGCUUCAGCUACAUGCCUGUAGACGCCUCUCCUCGUCUGUAACUACAGGAAACUUCAGGAGUGCAUGUCUGUGUGCUCAUUGUAAUCUGCCCGGUCCUCCAAUGAGAGAUGAGAUUAUCUGUGGGAAUUAUGAAUGAAAAACAUUUGAAAAUCUGUCUUGGGAUCUGCUAUAUUGAGAACGAACAAAAUAUUUAUAAUUUUCAAGCAUUCUUACCUAAACGUUGUACAAUGUAAUAUGCUCAACUUUCUUAACUUUUUUGCUAAUUUUUCUAAGAUAUUAAAAUGUUUUCUAUGGGA